UGAGGGGCGGGCGGGCUCGGCGGAGGGGCUGGCUGAGGCGCAGGGAGGCGGGCGGUCACCUUGGGCGGCCCGGGCGCCAUGGCGGCCGUCCCUGAGGAGGCGCGGGGGCUGCCGCCGCCACCGCUGGUGAACAAGAUGUCGGCGUGGCUGGGAGGCGCCGGCUGGUUGGCGGCACUGCUGGCCAAUGGCUUCAGCCAGCGGCCCCUCCUCACGGCAGGUGUUCACCGCCAGGUUCUCUUCACCACCGUGGGCUGGUUUGCCGGCUACUUCCUCGCCAAGCGCACCGAGUACGUGCACGCCAGGAAGGACCGCGAAAUGUUCGAGUACGUCAGGCACCACCCGGAGGACUUCAAGACAGCAGGAAAGAAGAGAAUCGGAGAGCUCCUGGAGGACUUCAUUCCAAUCCGCUGAGGGUUUCCCCAGCAGCUACAAGCCUGCGUCUCACAAAGCAUCCUCCCAAUUCCAUCCUGAGAGCUCCUGCAGGCUGCUCAUGGCCUGGGUAAAGAGCUACCCUUCAUUUUCACUGAAUAAAAGUUAGGAUUAAACACAGAG